AGCUCUGGGCCCUAGGAAGCAGAGCAUCGACACCAUGGCCUUGAUUUCUCUCUUCAUCCUGCUCGCUCUCUGCACAGGGAGCAGGGCUCAGCCUGUGGUGACUCAGGAGCCUUCUCUGACGGUGAUCCCAGGAGGAACAGUCACCCUGACCUGCAGCUCCAGCACAGGGGCGGUCACCUCUGGGCACUAUCCAGCGUGGAUCCAGCAGAAAUCUGGUCAAUCCCCCAUGGGGCUCAUUUACCACACCAGCAGUCUUGUACCAGGUGUCCCUGCUCGGUUCUCAGGGUCCCUCCUUGGGGACAAAGCUGCCCUCACCAUCAAGGGGGCCCAGCCUGAGGAUGAGGCUCACUACUACUGUGUGCUGUGGUAUAGGAGCAGAGCUCAGCCUGUGGUGACUCAGGAGCCUUCUCUGACCGUGAUCCCAGGAGGGACGGUCACCCUGACCUGCAGCUCCAGCACAGGGGCGGUCACCUCUGGGCACUAUCCAGCAUGGAUCCAGCAGAAAUCUGGCCAGUCCCCCAGGGGGCUCAUUUAUGAUACCAACAAUCUUGUAUCAGGUGUCCCUGCCCGGUUCUCAGGGUCCCUCCUUGGGGACAAAGCUGCUCUCACCAUCAAGGGGGCCCAGCCUGAGGAUGAGGCUCACUAUUACUGUAACUUGUGGUACAGCGGUUCAAGUCAGCCUCACAGUGACAGACUCAGAUGGGGAACUGAGACAAAAACCUUCUGCAGAUGCCUGGCCCCAGAUAGGAGGCUACUCAAAGGUGUCUGGGAAGCCCAGUUUCAGGGCCAGUCUAAGGAUGGUCCUGCAUUCACUUAG